AUGGAAUUCAAGAAGGCCCUUGAAGCAGCCAACGUCAAUCAGGAUCUGACGCCAGACCAAGCUCAACAGCUAGAAGAACUGCUUGUUGAGAAUCGCAAGGCAUUUGCCUAUGGAGACCAACAAAUAGGAAGCACAGACCUCAUUAAGUUUGAUGUGGACACAGGAGACGCCGCUCCCAUCAGUCAACCACCGUAUCACGCAAGCCCAGCUGGACGCAAGGUCAUAGAGGAAGCCAUUGAGGAGAUGCUUGCGCUGGAUCUUAUUGAGCCGUGCGACUCAGCGUGGGGCUCGCCAGUUGUGCUAGUACCACAAGGAGAUAAGGUACGCUUCUGCGUUGACUAUCGUAAGCUCAAUGCUGUCACCAAGAAAGACGUCUAUCCUCUGCCAAGGAUAGAUGACACGCUCAAUGUCUUUGCCAACAAGAAGUGGUACACAUCACUUGACGCCAACAAAGGGUUCCAACAGACGGUGUGCAUCAGUACUGCCGUAAUGGAUAAGCUUGCCUUCUGCACGCACAUGGGCCUGUUCCGCCCUAAAUGCAUGCCUUUUGGAGUUGUCAAUGGACCGUCAGUCUUCCAACGACUCAUGGACAUUGUGCUCGGCAAAAGCAAGUGGAAGCACACUAUUGUCCACAUUGAUGACACCAUCACAUACUCAGACACCUUUGAAGAACACAUGGAGCACCUACGUGAUGUACUACAGCGUAUCAUAGCAUCAGGAAUCACACUGUCACUGAAGAAGUCCAACAUAGCGCAGACAUCAAUCAAGGCGCUUGGACACACAAUCAGCAACAUGGGCAUUGGCACCGCGCCGCAUAA